UGGGUGUUGCUGGUGAUGUCACACCUCCUAGACAGCCGGGAUUGGACCCUAAUUAGAAAGCUCGGCAGCAAAUAGAUAGGCGUCCUGCAUGACUGGACUCAAAGUGGCUGAUGCCAAAAAAUUUGUGCCUAGACGCAGAAAAGUGUCGGAGAGGGGAGCAGACGGAGCGUCGCAACCAGCGAAAGCUGCACAGCGUCUGCGUGCGCGGGAGGCGAGCUCCACUUUCAGAGGUGAUAGAAAGAAGAGGGACAAAAAAAUAAUAAUACAUAUAUUAAUAUAUAAAGUCCAAGUCUACGUCAGUCCGAGGACGCUGCGUUAUCGGAGGAGGCUGAAGCCAGAGAAGUACAAAGGAAGGGUGUGAGGCAGCGCCGUGCGCUCCGCUCCAAACGCCGAUGGCAUCCGUACUUGGAAACAGCGGCCGCGCGUCGGCGGCGCAGAGCGGCCAGGUCAAGUGCAAGCUGAAGAGGAGACGGAGGAGGCGAUCCAAGAGAAAAGAGCCAGCGAACGCAAUCCGUGGAAUCAUGUCAAGAAAGCAACAAUACACAGAAAUACAUAGAACAGAGAGUUUAACUCAACAUACAAGUGCAACAGCAAGAAUGCCAGAGAAAGCCAGUAUGCUGUCAGCAUUGAUCGCUCCCUUCAAGUACAUAAGCCCUGGGACCAGCAGCACUGAGGACGAGGACAGUUUAAGUACAAGCAGUACAGAGGUGAAAGAAAACCGUAACAUUGGUAAUUUAGAGGAUCGAUCCUUCGGAUCUGCUGAGUGUCAGUCCCUUUUCUGCUCUGACUCCACAAAAGGUGGAACCUCUGGUCUGAAGAGGAAAAGGCCACUUGAGGAAGACAACAAUGGACCCAUGUGUCAACUUCGCCUCAUCUAUAAGAAACUGUCCUGGUCUGAGGCACCGAAGAAUGCCUUGGUACAGCUCAAUGAGCUUCGGCCAGGCCUCCAGUACCGCAUGGUGUCUCAAACAGGCCCAGUCCAUGCUCCUGUCUUCUCCAUUGCUGUGGAGGUUAAUGGGUUAACCUUUGAGGGCACAGGCUCCACCAAAAAGAAAGCUAAACUGAGGGCUGCUGAACUGGCCUUGAAGUCCUUUGUCCAGUUCCCCAAUGCUCCUCAGGCUCACCUAGCAAUGGGAACCAUCUCAAACCCUUCAGCUGACUUCACAUCAGACCAGGCUGACUUCCCUGACACACUGUUUAAGGAAUUUGAGUCCUCUCCGUGCUCCGAUGGCUUCUCGCUCUGCAAUUCAGCAGCCGAGAGUGACCUACUCUCGAGUGAACUACUGAGACAUAGACGGCUGCUUUGCCACACCUUAGAUCUGAUGGUCCAGGCUCAGCAGAGGCUAGACGAGAUUGUUCCAGAGCAAGAAGCCCCCAAGAGUCCUGUGGCAUUGCUCAAUGAGCUUCGACCAGGCCUACGCUAUGCCUGUCUCUCAGAGCGAGCCGAGGGCAGGCGGCUGCGUAGCUUCGUCAUGGCAGUGCGUGUGGAUGGUCAGAUAUUUGAAGGCUGUGGUCGCAGCAAGAAGCUGGCCAAGAUUCAGGCAGCCCAGUGUGCUCUUCAAGCCCUCUUCAACAUCAGGACGGCCCCUGAGGAGAGGACAGGCUUCAAAGCCAGCAGGAAAAGUUGUCCUCAUUUGCCCCAGGACUUUGCUGAUUCAAUAUUCCACUUGGUGAGGGAGAAGUAUCGUUCACUGGUGGGCGGCUGCAGUCCUGCACACACUCGACACAAAUCCCUGGCAGGCAUCGUAAUGACCCGAGGUUUGGACCUGAGGCACGCCCAGGUUGUGGCAUUAUCUACAGGCACCAAGUGCAUCAAUGGCGAGUACCUGAGUGACCAAGGCCAAGUGGUCAACGACUGUCAUGCUGAAAUCACGGCCCGCAGAUCCCUGCUACGCUUUCUCUACUCUCAAUUAGAACUCUUCAUGAGUAAAAGGCCAGAAGACUGGGAGGAUUCAAUAUUUGAGCAGAACAAGGAGGGCAGCUACAGGCUGAGAGACAACAUCCAUUUCCAUAUGUACAUCAGCACGUCGCCAUGCGGGGACGGGAGGCUCAACUCGCCCUACGAGAUCACCGCUGACCUGCACAGCAGCAGACACCUCAUGAGGAAGCACCGCAGUCACCUACGGACCAAAAUCGAGUCAGGUGAAGGGACAGUGCCAGUGCGAUGCCGAGGAUCCAUCCAGACCUGGGAUGGCGUCUUACAGGGCGAGCAGCUCAUUACCAUGUCCUGCACUGACAAGAUGACCAGGUGGAACAUCUUGGGUCUGCAGGGGGCCUUGCUGAGCCACUUUGUGGAGCCAGUGUACCUGCAUAGUUUGACAGUUGGCAGCCUGUGUCACACGGGUCACCUGGGAAGAGUUCUGAACCAGCGACAGGAGCGGCAGGGUCCACUGCCUAUAACCUACAAACGCAACCAACCCUUGCUCAGUGGGCUGAGCAGUGUUGAAUAUCAGCAACCGGGGAAGGCCUCGUGUGUGAGCGUCAACUGGACGCUUGGCGACGCACAGCCAGAGGUGCUCAACACCACCACAGGACGGAGACGGGACUCAGGAACACCGUCACGUCUGUGCAAGCGUGCCCUGUUCAGCCGCUGGAACAGACUUUACCGCAAGUUGGGGAUCCGUGCAGCCGGAUCAGUGGACCGCCAGCUCAUGUACUGCGAGGCCAAGAUGGCAGCACGUCUGUACCAAACAGUGAAACAGCAGUGGUUCCGAUCUCUGCAAGAACUGGGUUUCGGCACCUGGGUCAAGAAACCUCCAGAGCAGGAACAGUUCCUGCUGUCGGUCUGAGAGACUGUGUGUGUUUGUGUGUGUGUUUCUGUUUUUACUUUGCUCUGUGGAUUUCCUCAGAUUUGAUUAAUUGUCCACUUUGGAUCGAUGCCACAGUGUUUUGUUUUUCUUGUAUACCUCAGAUGUGCUGAAAGCGUUACAGAUGCGAACGUAGCUGAAAAGUGCAGGACUUUUUCUGCAACUCGCCUUCAUUUAAACACUUACACAAACAGC